GUCCUUCAUUUCUUUAUUUUGUGAUCUGGGAUGCUGAAUAAAUCUUCUCGAUUGAUCUGGGGUUUUAAAGCGAUUUUUCUCCUCUGUAGUUGUGAUUGAAAUGGGUAUAAUAGAUGGUUUGCACUGAAGGUGUUCGGUGAUUUGUCUCUGAGAAUGUGUUUUACUGUUUUACCUUCAAGACUUAAACUUGAGGUCUAGGGAGUUGAACAUUUUGGGAUAUGUAUGUAUGAGAAAUCUGUUUGAUUAUCUAUUGUUGUUUGCUUCUGGUAUUGCGACGUACCAGUUAUUUGUAGUUUUGAUUGGUGUAUUAUGAAUGGCAACCUUUUCACCGUCGCCCAACUCUCCACCUGUCAGCGAUCCUCCAUUGCAGCCGAGUCCUCCUUCAGCACCCACUUCUACUCCACCACCUCAAUCAUCUCCUUCUACACCAUCCAAUCAGUCCCCACCCCCUUCAACAACAGCCCCUCCUCCAUCAUCCUCAUCCCCACCACCACCGACAUCACCUCCUCCUUCCACUGACCCCCCUUCUAAUCCUCCACCAGCUAGUGUCCCACCUCCAUCAAGACCCCCAAUACCCUCAUCUCCGCCUGUUUCAUCCAGUCCACCAACCAAUUCUCCACCCCCACCAUCCAAUUCUCCACCCCCACCAUCCAAUUCUCCACCUCCAGCAUCCCCUACACCACCUAGGUCUCCACCGCCAGCAUCCCCUACACCACCAACUAGGUCUCCACCGCCAGCAUCCCCUACACCACCAACUAGGUCUCCACCUCCAUCGUCGCCUAUCCCCUCGGCUGGAUCUCCACCUCCACCACCACCUACAUCUCCCCCUAGAUCCCCACCACCACCUAGUUCACCUCCAUUGCCAUCUUUAAGUCCACCAUCAAGCUCACCUCCACCAUCAGUUCCACCAAGAGACUCACCAUCUCCUCCACCUCAACCACCAGAAGGUUCGCCUCCACCAUCACCAUUGGUGCCACCAACAAAUCCACCUCCAUCACCAAUCUUGAGGCCUCCUCCACCAAGAACCCCCUCCCCUGAACCUAGUACAAAUUCAUCAUCACCACCAAGAAUAACAGCUCCCCCUCCCCCACCCCCCUCUACAAAUUCAUCAUCACCUCCAGUAAUAGUAGCCUCCCCUCCUCCAUUCACAUUAUCACCUCCAUCACCUUCAAAUGUCUUGACACCCCCAGGCAACACAAAUAACAAUGAUUCAAGUCCCAAUACACCAUCCAGCAGUGGAGGCAUUGGUACUGGAGGUGUAGUUGGUAUUGCUGCAGUACUAGGUGUGGUGCUGUUUACAAUAAUCAUAGGAGUUUUAUGGUGUGUGAUCAAGCGGAAGAAAAAGUUUGCACGACAUAAUGAACUCUACGUUAUGCCAACCUCAAUGGGCGAUUCACCAGCUUCAGAUUCAGGCCUACUAAAGAUACAAACAUCAGCAGUUCAGAAUGGAAAUAUAUCUGCCAAUGACUUUGUAUACAGUCCACAGGAUCCUAGUGGAUUAGGGAGUUCGAGACCACAGUUUAGUUAUGAAGAGCUUGCCAAGGCUACAAAUGGGUUCUCAGCACAUAAUCUUUUAGGUUCAGGUGGAUUUGGUUCUGUUUACAAGGGAUGCCUAGCUGAUGGGAUAGAAGUAGCAGUAAAGGAGCUUAAAAUUGGAGGUGGACAAGGGGAACGUGAGUUCAGUGCUGAGGUGGAGAUCAUCAGUCGAAUACACCACCGUUAUUUGGUUUCACUUGUAGGUUACUGCAUCUCUGAGAACAAGAGGUUGCUUGUUUAUGAAUAUGUCCCUAACAACACACUUUACUUCCAUCUUCAUGGGUCAGAGCUGGUUUUAGAUUGGCCGACUCGUGUAAAGGUUGCUUCUGGUGCAGCCCGCGGUAUUGCUUAUCUCCAUGAAGACUGUCAUCCACGAGUUAUUCAUCGAGAUAUCAAAUCAUCAAAUAUUUUAUUAGAUAAAAACUUUGAAGCUAGGGUUGCUGAUUUUGGGCUUGCAAAAUUAGCUGCAGAUCUGAACACUCACAUAACAACACGCGUCAUGGGAACUUUUGGAUACAUGGCACCUGAAUAUGCUUCAAGUGGCAAGUUGACUGAAAAAUCUGACGUCUUUUCCUUUGGUGUGGUUCUCUUGGAACUAAUCACUGGACGUAAACCUGUGGAUGCAUCUCAACCUUUGGGGGAUGAGAGUCUUGUUGAGUGGGCUCGGCCUCUUCUUAGUCAUGCAAUUGAAACAGAGGACUUUGAAGGGUUGGUUGACCGAAGGCUUGGUACCAACUAUGUUGCAAAAGAGAUGUUUCGAAUGAUUGAAGCUGCAGCUGCAUGUGUACGACACUCUUCUAAUAAACGGCCACGCAUGGGACAGAUUGUGAGAGCUUUCGAGAGUAUGGAGAGCGAUGAUCUAAGCAACGGGAUGAGAGUUGGAGAAAGUGAAAUAUUUAACUCUGCAGAACAAUCUGCAGAGAUUAGGCUGUUUCAGAGAAUGGCUUUCGGCAGUCAAGAUUACAGCACAGAUUUUUUUACUCAAGGUAGCUAUGGUCAUAAUAGUAACGAAAGGUAAAUAUGGAAGGUUGUGUCCAUUUGAUCGCCCAGAGGGUUUGAUCCACGAGCAGAGUUCGUGUCAGCUCAGAUUAUGGCUGGUUUUGAGGGAAAAUAUUCAAAGCUGUGAUCAGAUUUUGUAAGUAGGUUCCAUGGCCAGAUGCUGUAUAUUAUGCACAUUCUUUUUGGCUGCACAUUUUUGGUUCCUGUAAGUAACACAUGUGAUCCAUUCUUUUGGUUUAUUUAUAACAAGUGCAGUCCUCAUGUUUAUCAUU